AUGUCAAUGUUCGGUGCCCGUGAAGUGCCCGACGACACGUUUUCGUCGGACAUCACCAAUAUUUCUGCAAGUUACCUGAACGAAAACAAUUGCCAACGGUUUUGGCAGCGGCUGAUGACUUGCAUUCGUGAGAGCCAGGAACUCGACGUCCUUUACGACUGUCGCAGCCGCCUAAUUGACAUGCGUGAGUGCGUUACACGUCACAAACAGAGCACAUGGGUAUUUCGUGAAACCAUGGCAACGCUAAGGCAUGAGCAGCAGUUCCGGAACUGGUUGAAACAAUAUGAUGAAGCUUUUGGGCAUCCACCACUUUUAGAGGCCGUGACGAAGGUCAGAGAGCGCUUAAAGGUGGAAGGCGGUGUCGAUGUGCUUAACCCAACAGUUUUUCGUGACCCUGACAUUUACAUCCCGCGUAAUAAUAAUUCCGUGGGAAAAUGA